UAAAAUCGUAAUCACUAACAGUUGAUAUUUUCUUGUCAAUCCAAAGUGUCUUUUAAUUAUAUUUUUUUGUGAUUCAUCACUUUAUGGUUUUCUUACUAGUAUGUGUAUAUAACGCAUACAUUCAUAACGUUUUUUUAAAACCGUGUUCUUUUUUCGAGCCACAUGAUCCGUACGGAGUGACUGUAAUUUAACCAAUCACGAUUCUGGAACAAACCUUUAUCCGCCCACGCCGCUUCCUUUCAUUUAAACCUCCUUUACUUUCCCGUCUUCCCCAGAGUGGGUGGACGUAAUUAUUAUUAAUUUUUUUUAGUUUUGUGGCGAAAAUAGGUGUUGUCUUUUUUCUUCUUUGAACCUAGUGUGCUGGUUACACAGUUACAGGCGUUUGCUGCUUUUGUAGGGGGAAAAUGGUGGUAGAGAGGACGCCUACAGACUCCAGUUCUCAGGACAAGGCCGUGUUUACUUUAGAAGAGGUAAAGAAGCACAAUGUGAGCAAGAAUACCUGGGUGAUUAUCCAUGAUAAAGUCUACGAUGUUACCCACUUUCUGGAUGAGCACCCAGGAGGAGAAGAGGUAUUGUUGGAACAGGCUGGUGGUGAUGCUACAGAGAGUUUUGAAGAUGUUGGCCAUUCUAGUGAUGCCAGAGAGAUGUUGAAGCAACACUACAUUGGGGAGUUACAUCCGGAUGAUCGAAAAAAGGUGGGCCCAAAGGAUGUUUUUAUUACAACAACUUCAAGUCAAUCCAGUUUGUGGACAAAUUGGCUGAUUCCAGUUAUUGCAGUAGUUGUUUUGGGUUUGAUGUAUCGUUACUACAUGUUGGACAGCAAAUCCUGAAUACUGGUUUGGCUUUAUUUAUCCAUCCAGUUGGAGAAUUCAUUUCUCACUCUUUCUCUCUCUUGUCAACGACCCUUCAUCUCUUCUUCCAAUAAGUCCUGCAAAGAAGCCAACUUUUUAUUAUUGGAAUGCAAAAUGCAAGUUUUUGUUUUUUUUUUAUCCAUGUUUUAUCAAAUCUACAAUUUUCUGAAAAGUACUUGUCUGGAUAACGGUAACAUUUACAUUGACAGCUCUUGAGUUAAAACCAAUGCUGGGUAAACAGACAGUCUACAGGUAGAAUAAAAAAAAAAAAUACUUUUUCAUUACAUUGGAUUUGGUUUCAGGUAUGAAAUGUCACACUUUCUAAAUUUUAUUAUAAUCACUAUCAGUACUGUGUAAUCGUGUGAAAAAACUGAAGCUAUUUACUCUACAUCUUGUGUGCUGUUUGCAUUUGUUGUUCAAAUACCAAUCUUUAAUUAUCUGCAUUAAUUUACUGAUUUCAUAAGGUAACUGUUUGUAAAGAGUUAUUUUAUGGCACCUUGUCUUUAAUAGGCAGUAUUUUAAAGGUUCAGUCAUAUUUUUUCUUUGAAUUGGCCCUUUGUUGCAUAAACCACUUUAUAUUUUAUUGUAAGAGGCACAGCUACAUAUAUAAAAUGAAAUAGUUAUAUCCUUGAAUGUAUAUGUACACAUUUACUACUUUUAGUUGUUCCCCUUAAAAUAAAGAUAUAAGAUGGCAUAUUAAAAGAAAAUCUAGGCUUUCCUUAACAAGAAGUGACAUACAGGGGAUCAGGCAUCACCUGUUACUAAAGACCGAAUAAUUAUUCUGAUUGUUACGCAACACAAACAAUUACAGAAUUUUUACUUUUAAAGUUACUUGAAAUUUAAUAAUUUAGGCAUACUUGUAUAAGUAAUGUCCUUUAAUGUAAUUCCUAUUCAUGAGUAUAUUUUGUCUUUAAAAAUGGUAUGUGUAUUAUAAAUUCAUAAUUAAAACUCAGUUGAUCAAUAUAGCGUUUAAAUGUUAACAUUUACAUUAAGAUACAUUCUGAAAGUUACAUUAUUAGGUUUUGAAAUCCUAAUUUUCACAAUGUGUACUACUUAUUGUGCUUUGUUAGACAAUUAUUGCAUCUGUGUUUAUCAGCAUUUUAGAUGUAUGUGUAUAGGUAGUAAAGUUUUAUGUUCUCUCAAUAUAGUGGCUUAGAGAGAGAGAAAACAUUAUGUCAUGUUAUGUGACUCCAAGAAGUCAUUUUUUACAAUUUUUAACUUGCCUAAUUAUUAAAAUGUUCUGAUGUGUUAUUCAGGUACAUUGUCAAGGCCCUGAAUGGUAAAAAUAGCACUGUAUCUUUUCAAAUGUGAAGUAUUUCAAAUUGUAAUAUAUUAUGAAAUACAUGAUACCCAAACUAAGAAGCACCUAUCUUUAAAAAUAUUAAAUACUGCUUUCAAAUUCUAAUUUUGUGAAAAAGUCAGAAGUAAAUUGGAUUAUCUAAUGGGUACAGAAGAAACACUACUAGCCUUUGUUCAGUGUAUUUUUUGGCUAUGACAAAUAUUUACAUGUUGGGUGUAUUUAUGUUAUUUGUCAUGCUGUGGAUUUCUAACAUUAAUUUUGAGGCUGUACAGUGAACAAAAUUCACUAAAGGAAACUAUUAAUACUAAUCCAGAUCUUGUGGAAGCAAUGACAUCAUUCUAGCAUUUCAGUUUGAACUAUAAACUAUUACAAUGUCAUCAAGGCUUAAGCUUUGUUUUUUGUUUUUUUUUUUUUAAUAGGAUUUUAGGUCUUUGACAUUUCACAAGAAAGAUGUUGACUUUCUUUGAGAAUAUAUAUAGUACUGAGAUUCAGAAUAUUAUCUGCUGAAUUGUCAGUAACUACUGAUACUUUAAGUAAAGGUGUUGUAUUAUUUUUAACAGGAUACAUCUUUGCCAUUUGUAUUUCAGAUGUAAAUGUUUUCCUCAUGCAGUUCUGUAUUUGGUUUCUCUUUUUGUUUAUCCACCUAAGAAGCUUGAUUUAUUUUUGCAGAGUAAAAUGACAGAGUGAUGAAUGCUUUGGUCUUUAAAUCAUACACUUCAUGUGGUACUGAGCUUUUAUGUUUCCUGUGUAUCAUGCAUUCCAAAGGUUUUAUACCUAGCUUUCUACUUUGAAAAUAUUUUAAUUUGAAUCAGCAUUUUAGUUUUAAUAGUGUAUUCGUCAAAGGAAAGGUGACCAUUUAGUAUUUGGGCUAGAAAGAAAUUGUCUGUUUAAGGAUACUUAUGAAAUAGAAAUAUGCAUUGCCUUAAAGUAUAUGAAGUGAUUGAGAAAUGAAUACAUUGUAUAACACAACAGUUUCAUUCUGGCAUAAUAAGUGCUAACUCUUCGUAACAUUACAAAAUUUGACUCUAGGUAUAGUAGGGUUCUCUGGUAUAAGCAGAUUUUGUUUGUUUUUUUAAUUUUAUGUUUUGACUGUAGGAUGUUUUGGGUUUAGAUGCAGCGUUUUUUUCUGAAAUAUAACACAAUAAAUUAAUUCAAGUGAAAACAAUGUAUUGUGUAAUGAAAGGAAUGAAAUUUGUGUUUCUUUGUGAUGAAGACUAAAAACCACAUUACUGUGUAAAUCAAGAAAACAUAGACUAGAGUUUGUGUGGCUUUCUUUGCACUAAAUACUGAAUAGGUUUUUUACUAUAAAAAUAAAAGAUGGCUUGAAGCACUU